AUUUUUGGUGUUUUGUUGCAGCACUUUUUGCAGAUGCAGACGCUAUAGUUCUACUUUUGUGAUUGUUUUAAUUAAUUUACACUGCUGUGAAAAUAUCUCUGUAAAACCGCAAGCGAGGAAAUAAAGUUAGAAGCCUAUAAAAUGGUAUGUGACGGCCCUGACCCGCCUGAGAACAACGGGAAUGAUCUGAUACCACCCCCACGACACGAUUUAUUGAUGAACGGUAAUCUGGACGAGGGUAGCGAUGAUGAGCAGAAUGAGCACUUUGGCUAUGAACCCUUGCCCCAAGGUCCCGACGCUGUACACUCCGACCACGACCUAAGUGAUGAAGAUGCUGAGAAUCUUCCUGCAACUGAGCCACAAAAUGAUGUCCCUGUGAUAGAAUCAAUGGAUUCAAUACUAACAAGAGAAGUUUGGAGUGCACCUCAAAGAUCAGAAUCAAUUCAAAUGGACCAUGAUCGAGCUCAGCAAGUGAUGUCUGCAAUGGCAAAUUUUGCCUUACCACAAGCAUCCAUACCAGAGUGGGCACAAACUAUCACUGAAGAACAAUGGAAACAGACACUUAACGAUAGAAUAGAAAAAUUAAGAAACAACAGGUAAUGUUAGUUAUUUAUUAGUGUGUAUUUUUAAGUUUAAUAUUGAUCAAAUGUAUUUAUUGAAAGAAAAUAAAUAUUGCUAUGUUAUUCCA